AUGGAUAUGUCUGCCCCUCUACUGAGCGACUAUGGAGUUGGUGUUCAGUACCACUGGAGUUAUCCCAGUUCGGACUCUGAGUUCUAUAACAUCUCUUCUCCAGAGACCUGUAUCCUCUCCCCUUCCGCCUGUAUGGACUUCUCAUCCUCCUGCCUGCCUCGAGGGACUGCCACAGAACCUCACAGGUCCACACACUCUGGAGGAGCCAAGGCAUCCGCUUCCCCAUCCUCCAGUGACGAGGGAGGACUCUCUGGAGGGAGGAUUCGAAAGAACCGCUCCAAGAACCCCAGCAAGCAGAGACAGAGCGCCAGCGAGAAGGAGAAGCUGAGGAUGAGAGACCUGACCAAAGCCCUCAACCACCUCAGGACCUACCUGCCCCCCUCUGUGGCUCCGGCUGGACAGACUCUGACCAAGAUCGAGACCCUGCGCCUCACCAUCGGCUACAUCUCCCACCUGUCGGCCCAGCUAGAGCUCAGCGAGGAUGCUGUGUGUCAGAGGAAGGAGCUGAACCUCAACGUGUCGGGACACCAUGUAUCACCUCAACAAGACUCUGUGGGGCUGUGCCAGUUCAACACCUCCUCCUCAGGGUACUGCUGGGGAGAGGAGGCAGAGGUGGGGAGACGUGCAGGGCAGGAACAGAUCCUCCACACAGCUACGUCCACGUACCCACUCCACAACACUGGGAUGGAGAGGCACCCACUCAGCAGUGAGAUGGACAUGUGUGCUUACGACAACAGCUUCAACUCCAGUGUGGAUUCGCUGUUGGAAUCGCCAGAGUACGCAGAGACUGCACAGCCAUGUCAGAUAUACAGAAAAGAUGUCCACUAUCAGAACAUUCCUCAAGACUUCUGGAUGUAA